CCUAUCUCACCAGAUGCCCUUAUAUUUCGCGGAGUGAUAACCCAGUAGAGCCGUUUCUGCCCACCUCUCCUUCUCGUCUUGCCAGCUCAUCCCAUCAGCGGAUAUGGCUGCUCCCGGGUCUCGUCAGGUCAAGAGACCGCGGUUGUCGCUCAGCUGUGUCGUUUGUAGGGCUCGCAAGGUCCGCUGUGGGCGUGAGCAGCCCGAGUGUACCAACUGUACGCGAAUGAAUAAGAAAUGCGUGUACAAGACCAUGGUCCGUGACGAAUUGACCGGUCGUGUCCGACAGCUAUCCCUCAGUCCCAAAGACCGAGACCCCGCCGAGCUGAAUCUUCCGCACAGCAAUGAGUUGCCUGGCAGAUCCUCGAAUCUACUCUGGUCUCCACCCGCUGUAGCGACUGGUCUAACGGACUUGGGGGAAGCGCGUAUCCCGCACAUGAGCAGCAGUAGCAGUAGAAACAGGAGCUUAUCCGGCACCGACCCGGGCCAGUCCCGGACACAGCAGCAUCCAGUGCAUGGCGACCUGGCUAAUCCAACCGUGCCCUCGUGGGAGGAAGCCAUGCAGGUUCCCAGUGACCACAACAUUACCCGCCCUGCAAAUAGCAGGCCGCCCAACCAGCGAGCAUCAUCACAAAAUCCCAGCGAGAUACUGUCCCCUGACUAUCUCAGUCUGAGACGAGGGGCUCGCAUUCAAUAUAUUGGCAAGGCCUUUUGGGGGUUCGUCGCCGGACGGGAAAGUCUGAGUGAUAGCUUCUUCGACGAAAACCGCCAUGCUCUGCCUGACCUGCCGCUCCCGCAUAUCGCCGCCGCCAGCCUGGCCAACUUGUUGAGAUCCUUGCCCACCAAGCCCGUGUGUGAUGUGCUGCUCCAGGCCUUCUUCAUCGCCGUGUGGCCCCUUGCUCCCCUGGUGCACGCUCCCACCAUGCAAGCAGAGUACGAUGAUUUCUGGGAAUGGUGCCGGAAUAGUAACACUGUGAUGCCCCCAGCCAAGCUUCAAGAUGAUCCCACAUUCAUUAGUCUUCUAUUUGCUGUCCUGCUCUGUGGCGCUUCUGCCGCGCCUAUCACCAUCUGGGCAUCAGCCAGCCUACAGACUCUGCGGAAGGAGACGAUAGUGAAUCACUUGAAGUCAGCCUAUACGGCGAGUCUCUCCAUGAGUCAACAUCUCGAGCACCCAACAUUUAAUACUCUAGUCUCAACACUUCUAACAGGGCCAUUUGUGGACCAUCCUCGGGAGCCGAUGCGCAACCUUGUCUCUGUGAGCACAACCGUGCGCCUUGCGCAGACCAUGGGAUUUCAUUCGGAGUGGGCGUCGUCUGCGUUGGACCCAGUAACUCGGGAGAUGCGACGCCGCGCGUGGUGGCACAUUAUCUGGCUGGAUGUGCAGUCGAGCAUCUCCACUGGGCUACCCCUGUGCUGUGGGAGUGACAUGCAAGAGGCAGUGAGCAUGCUGGCCUGCACGCGGGAUGAAGAAAUUGGCAGUGUUUCUGCUUCCUCUCCACCGUCUGCCGAAUCGUCGACGUCGGGCGAGUCCGUGGCCAUGAUCUAUGCCAUCGGACGCUUCGAGACGGCCCGUCUGGAGUCGAUCAUUGUCACUCGCCUACAAAGCGCACAGGGGCUGACCCAUGAGGGGUUCCGAGAGCUGGUCACGGCCACAAAGCAACUUCAUCACAAGAUUAACGCUCUCCUCGCCAAGAUCCCCACGCGCGGAAUCCCGGAAAAGGGGUUCAUCCCAUCUCGCCUUGCAAACGCCUCCCCGCUCACGCACUCGUCUCUGUACAAGGACGAUGCGAACCAGCCCACUGUUUUUGCGGCCUGGACACGCAUCAUGCUUACGCUCCUCAAGUCUGAAGCGGCUAUCUUAUUGCAAAAGCCAUUUUUGCAGCCACCCGAAUGUGAGAACCCGCACGCGCGGAAGUCAUGGACCAGGUACGUCAUAGUCGGGAUUCCUAGGUGUCUCUCUUUCAUUCCUCUAUAAUUCCUUUGGAGAAAAACAAAAACAAAAACAAUUAAUUAUUCCAUGAUAUUUUGGCUAUAUCCUGUAUGCAAAAAAAAUCUGUUGUACAGACCUUAAAAACUCCUACAUAUACAUAUCGGAUCAGUUUCUUGUUGACCCGCUACUUCUAUGAUUAACUUAUGUUGGUAGUAUUGCGCAGCUCUGCUUGAGCUACCUGCGUAAUUAUUUGCAACUUUACCAA